AAAGAUCUGACCAUUGCAAUUGAAUGUUAACCGAGAAAUGCAGAGGAAAAAUGGCAUCAAAUCUGAAUCCAAGAUAUGCAUACACAGUGGUUUAUGUCAGAGAUGUAGCCAAAUCUGUUGCAUUUUACGCCAAGGCAUUUGGUUCUCAAGUGCGCCGCUUAGAUCACUCUAACAGAUGGGGUGAGCUUGAGAGUGGGGAGACCACAAUAGCAUUAACACCUGUGCACCAACACGAGCCGGACGAUUUGAGUGGCGAGGUGCGUAUGCCACAAUCUAGCCAUGAGAGGAACCCGAUCGAGGUCUGUUUUGACUAUCCAGAUGUGGAUUCUGCCUACAAGAAUGCUGUAGAGAACGGUGCCGUACCAGUUAGUGAGCCAGAGGAGAAGGAAUGGGGACAAAAAGUAGGGUAUGUUCGAGAUAUUGACGGGAUUGUCGUGAGGAUGGGGAGCUACGUGAAUUCGUCCAAAGCCCAUCACUGAACAUCAGCCCGUAUUCUGGAAUUAUCCCAUCUCAUGGCUUUCAUUCCCUUCCUUAAUGUUUGUACCAAUUAAAGAUCAUUUACUUUUGGAAGUUGCAGCUCGUCAUUUGA